AAGUCUUCUAAGCCACGGUGAAAAGUAAUUGAAGCAGGCGAAUAGAUAAUAAUAGAUAUAGAUAUAUUAAACGCAAAUUUAACUUGGCAUGCAAGUGUUCCGUGAUCCACCAACGCCGCCAAACCAAAAUGUUUCAUCUCAGCAGUCUUGUUGGAAUACUCUGCAUCUUACCAUCGCUUUUAGCAUUAAAUUCAAGAUCAACAAUAAUACACAUAACUGUAAAGGAAGGAGGCUCAUUCGUGCACUAUUUGGACACUGACAAUGGCGAGUUACAAUCAUGCAUGUUACAGACAAAGAAAGGAGAACAAAUCAGUUUAUACCCCGAUCGCCUUCACGAAGCUGUGAAUCCCGUGAAAGAGAAAAUUGUAAAUUUCGGCAAACGCGCAUGCGGAUUCAAACUGAACAAUUUCAACGAAGAAGAUCCAAUAAAAUAUAACUUAACGGCAUCCAUUUUAAAAGCUGGAGAAAUAUCAUCGAUAAAUGAAACUUUAGAAGUAACACUAUCAUUAGAAAGUGUAGAAAUUGCCAACAAAACUGCUUUGUUAAAAUAUGGAGAGCAAUUUAUCGUAACACAGUGCACAAAGCCCACCCGGAGUAGUGGUUUUUGUUCAUUGUAUUCCCCGCAAGGAAAAUUGGUAGCACAAGGUACCAAUUGUUUUUACCAAGUGACGUAUGCAUUCGUGGAGCAUAUUGGAGCAUGGAGAUGUGAAUUAAAUUUAGUCGGGAACUUGGAACCAAUCACUUUCUACAUAAAUACAUCACCAAAAAAAAUGUCAAAACUAGAAUCCUGGUAUAAAAAGGAAAAUGGCUAUGGUAUUAUUGGUUGCCAAUACAUAGAUGGAGAUGAUAAAGAAGAGAAAAUAAUAACUGAUUGUGCAAUGAUAACACCAGAAAAAAAGUUGUUAAACAUUGAACAACAUCCUGCUUCAGGGAGAUAUGAUCCUUUAGGUACAAAUUUCACAAAAAAAAUUUGUCAAGUUGAAUUCAAAUUACCUGCUCUACAAAAUGAAAUUGGAACUUGGAGGUGUGAAUUGGGUGGUAAACGUGGUUUUGUCAACGUGGAACGAGCUAGUGAAUAUCCAAAAACAAUAAAAGUAUUUAGAAAACCUGGAGGUACAACAUCUCUAAGUUGUGAAGUGCCAUACCCUGCUGUUACCAGCUUCGCUGUCAACCCAGAAGGUAAAGUUGUCUACAAAGCAUCCUAUGAAGAGUCUCAAAAUGGGUAUCUUUAUUUCCAAAUUUACAAUAUGAGCGCGAAUGAUUUCGGUGAAUGGACGUGCCACUUUGCCAAAAACGCUUCCUAUGAGGAUGACGUUAUCACCUUAAAUGUGGAGAGAUACAACAUGGUCAAAGCAAAAGUCAAACAAGUAGAAGUAAACGAAGGUGAAUCACUUACUUUACUCUUCACCGCCAACGGCGCAAUUUCCUAUUGCGUGAUAGAAGAUCCCAAAGGUAAUACCUACCACGUGCGGCCCUCAACCAACUCACCGUACAUGGAAUAUUUUGGCGCUGGUUUCGAGCACGGUGAAUGUGGUGUCAGGUUGAAACAUGCAAGCGGGUUACAUAAGGGUCUUUGGAAAUGUAUGACAACCACAACGUCUGACUCUGCUGGAGAUCAGCAGGCUACAGCAAUGACUCAGGUGGAUGUGACCAGUCAGGAUGCUGACGGUCUAACGGCCGCAUCAUCGUCGUCCAUUUUGAUUGGCAUUAUGUUUGCGGUUAUGGUCGCCACUGCUUUCAUUAUUUACGCGCAGUUUGUUAAAGAGAAGAAAGCGAGAAAGGAACGAGUCAGUCCUUGUAAUUCCUUAGGGGAUGAAAACAGUGGCACCUCCUUUGUUCUGCACCACCUGUAGGUGUUAAAAUUGUAAAUCUAUAAGGUACAGGUUAAUAAUUUGUAAAAAUUAUUAUAUAAUGUUUAAUAAAUUGAAAGCAAAUGCAGAAAA